CCUCUCUCUAAUUGCUAUACUUUUCUUCCGUUGUAUUACAAGCCUACUCUUUCUACAACUCACUCACUUUGUUGUCUUACUACUUUUUUUUUAUUUAUUUCUCACUCCUGCAACUCUCUCACUUUCUCUCUCCUAAACCUAGAUGUCGCUUCUCGGAGACCCAAAUAAAAAUGACAAACGAACACAAUAAGAUAAAUAAAUAAAAAAUAAAAAAAGAACAAAAAAAACAAAACCUAAAACAGUAAAUAAAACAAAAACAAACAAAAAGAGAGGGAAAAUGGCUGAAGGAGUCGAUAUUGAUCUUUACGACAACUUGGAGGAGGAUUUCAACCAGCUCUAUUCCCACGGCGUCGACCCUGAAUCUUCCCAGGACACGCGAGAUCACGACCGCGCUUCUUCCGUGUAUUUUGCCAGGAACAGACACGGAGAAUUGCGUCAUGACGCUAAAUCCGGUUCUUCGGCCCCUAUAAUGCCUGCAAACUAUACUGGCAAAAGGGUCAGUCUGUAUGUUGGAAACCUCACUUGGUGGACAACUGACCAAGAUUUAACGGACAUUAUUGCUUCGAUCGGAGUCCCAGACUUGCUAGAAAUUAAAUUCUAUGAAAACAGAGCCAAUGGCCAAUCCAAGGGUUUUGCUGUGGUUGCCGUUGGCUCUGAGGCAUCGUCUCGAAUCAUCUUCGACAAAUUACCCAAGAAGAAGAUCCAUAGUCAAACCCCGAUAGUGACCCACUGCAACCGAACGUCCUUAAACCAGUUUGAGGCCCAAGCCAGGAAAGGGGAACCACCGCCGCCAACAGCCAAAGAGCCAAACAGCAAACCUGCGGAGAGGGGGCCGAGUGGGAGUAGCAGUGGAAACAGAAGGGAAUCCAGCCGGUAUGUCUCCCGCAACUCUCGCACCAGUCAAUCUUCGCCGCAACAGGGGCCUCCUGGUCCUCCAGGACCUCCCCCCUCUGGACCACCGCCACCACCAUACAAUGCGUUCAAACAUUUGAAGAGAGCGUACUCUACCUUUAGGCUCAGUCCCCCACGACCAGGAGGUCCACCUCCACCUGUGCCACCACCACCCGGUGUCCCACUUGUAGGUCCACCACCCCGACAGCCUGGAGGGCCCCCACCCCCUGGAAUGCCUCCCAGACCUGUACCACCCCCGCAACGAGGCCCUCCUCCCCCAGAUCCCAGGUUAGCACCUCCACGACCCGACUGGGACAGACCAGCAGCAUCUUACCCUUCUCCUGGACCUCCGCCCCCACAGUCUGUACCACCACCCGGGGUUCGACUGCCAGCACCCGUAUUUACCCCUCCCCCAUUCUUCUCUACAAACACUGACAUCAAUAUAUCACCUCAUCUAAGAGCUUCUGUUCAUAUCUCGCUGUCUUGUUCUCUGACUUGUAUUCCUGUUGGGCAGUUUGAAACCCUACCUUUCUUGGACCCAGACGUCAAAUUCCAUGCAAACCAUCCACCCCAUUCACAACCUGGAGACAUGUACGUUAGGCCACCUCCCCCUGCUGCUUACCCCAAUGAUCCUUAUGGCAGACCCCCAGAAAGACAUGAAUCUGCAUCCCCUGCCAUCAGCGAACAAGAAUUCGAGGAGAUUUUCCAGCGAAACAAAACUGUCUCCAGUAGUGCGAUUUCUCGUGCAGUACAAGACGCCAGUGCAGGUGACUUUGCUAGUGCCAUUGAGACGCUUGUCACAGCAAUAUCACUGAUCAAGCAAUCGAAGAUUGCAGGUGAUGAUCGAUGUAAAAUCCUGAUUAGUUCUUUACAGGACACGCUCCAUGGGAUUGAAGAGAAGUCGUACGGAUCCAAGUGAGUGACGUUUUAUAUAA